UAGGAUUUUAGAAAAAAGAAAAAAGAACCAAAAACAGCAAAUUCCCUUCCCCUCUCUUCCUCGCUCUGUUUUUUAUCUCUUGCUUUGCUACAAAGAGGGAGAAAUUAGGAAAAAAAAAAGGAAUUACUUCUUCUCCUUUCCUCUUGACUGAUCCUUUGUUUCUCUAGGGGAAAAAUUUGUUCUUGUUCAUUUUUGUUUUUGGACAGUGCCCUGAGACUUUUCAACACUCUUCUGCUGAUCCCAAAUUUGCUUUCCAUGCAAACUGGGGAUUUAGAAGAUGAAAAUUGAAGUGGGUAUGGGAGGUGGGGCUUGGAACGAUGAAGAUAAGGCUAUGGUUGCUGCUGUUUUAGGAACAAGAGCAUUUGACUACUUGAUAACAAGCUCAGUUUCAAAUGAGAACCUUUUAAUGACUAUAAAUAGCGAUGAGAAUCUUCAAAACAAGCUCUCAGAUCUUGUGGACCGACCCAACGCUUCUAAUUUUAGCUGGAACUAUGCCAUUUUUUGGCAAAUUUCGCGGUCUAAGUCUAGCGAUUGGGUCCUUGGUUGGGGAGAUGGGUGUUGUAGAGAGCCUAAAGAAGGAGAAGAAUCUGAAGCUACUCGGAUUCUUAAUCUGCGGCUCGAAGAUGAGACUCAACAGAAGAUGAGGAAAAGGGUUUUGCAGAAAUUGCAUACUUUGUUUGGUGGAUCAGAUGAGGAUAAUUAUGCUCUUGGGCUGGAUAGAGUUACUGAUACUGAGAUGUUCUUUUUAGCAUCCAUGUAUUUUUCAUUUCCGCGAGGAGAAGGUGGUCCAGGGAAGUGUUUUGCAUCUGGGAAGCAUGUUUGGAUCUCGGAUUCAUUGAAAUCAGGUUCGGAUUAUUGUGUUAGGUCGUUUUUGACAAAGUCUGCUGGAGUUCAAACUAUUGUUCUGGUCCCUACUGAUGUUGGUGUUGUUGAAUUGGGGUCAGUGAGAUCUGUACCUGAAAGCUUAGAGUUGUUGCAGUCAAUAAGAAGUUCAUUCUCAUCUAAUUCGGCGUUGCUUAGGGCAAAGCAAAUGGCAGUAGCAAUACCAGUGGUGAAUGAGAAGAAAGAUGAAAAUACUCAUUUUUCGAAUUUGGGGACUUUGGAGAGAGUGGAAGGAAUUCCAAAGAUUUUUGGGCAGGAUCUGAACAACACUUCUCAUGGUCAUUCCAAUUACCGGGAGAAACUUGCUAUAAGAAAGAUGGAAGAUAGACCAACAUGGGGAGCAUGUGCUAAUGGCGGUAGGCUUUCAUUUUCAAGUAAUCAAAAUGGUCUCCAUGGUUCAGGUUGGCCACAUGUUCAUGGUGUGAAACAAGGGAAUCCAACAGAAUUUUAUGGUUCUCAAAACACUGCAAAUAAUUUUCAAGAGCUUGUUAAUGGGGCUAGGGAAGAGUUUCGGGUUAACCAAUUUCAGUCACAAAAGCCAGUGCAAAUGCAGAUUGAUUUUUCAGGGGCUACUUCAAGGCCUUCCGUAAUUACUCGGCCAUUAAGUGCUGAAUCUGAGCACUCAGAUGUUGAAGCUUCGUGCAAGGAAGAGAAGCCGAGUGUAGCUGAUGAAAGGAGGCCCCGAAAAAGGGGUAGAAAGCCCGCUAAUGGAAGAGAAGAACCUCUUAAUCAUGUUGAGGCAGAAAGGCAGCGCCGUGAGAAGCUGAACCAGCGGUUCUAUGCAUUACGAGCUGUGGUUCCCAACAUAUCCAAGAUGGACAAAGCUUCAUUGUUAGGAGAUGCAAUUGCUUACAUUAAUGAGCUUCAGGCAAAGCUCAAGGUCAUGGAAGCAGAAAGGGAGAAGUUUGGUAGUACUUCAAGAGAUUCAGCAGGGUUAGACCCUAAUCCAACUGUGGAGAAUCAUAUGCGAGCUCCUGAUAUUGAUGUCCAAGCUGCUCACAAUGAGGUUGUUGUAAGAGUAAGCUGUCCUUUAGAUUCACAUCCUGCAUCAAGAGUAAUACAAGCAUUUAAAGAGGCACAGGUCAAUGUUGUUGAGUCAAAACUUGUUACCGCAGAUGAUACUGUGUUUCAUACAUUUGUUAUCAAGUCUCAAGGAUCCGAGCAGCUAACAAGGGAAAAGUUGAUUGCAGCAUUUUCGCGUGAAUCCAGUUCCUUACAGUCAUUAUCAUCUCUUGGGUAGCACACAAUUGCAUUUAACAUAGUCCAUAGGCGUAAAAUUACAGUGAAGAACCUGUUUUGAAGCUUCUUCAGAGGUUUUUGAUAUAUAGCAAGUGAUCCUUAAAAGAGCAGAAGGGCCUGCUAGGAGUAGAAAUAACUACCUAUUGACCAAGUAGGGCAGCAAAUUUUCUGUGAUUUGUUUAUAUUAUACAUAUUCUGUCAUAAUGAAGGUAUUUUUGCAAGAUGAAUUAAAUUUGUAAGUUUAACCAACUAUGUUAUUGUUGGUUGUUUAGAAAUUGAUUUUUUUUCUUUUGUUCGUUUAUUUUUGGUUCCACCAAUUUUUGUUCUUUGCUCUGUCCUCUUGCCUUAUUAGAAUCAUUAUAUAUCAAGUCAGCACUAGACAUCUCUGAGGAUUCA